CAAAUCAAACCCAAAGCAGCGAAGACAAACAGGAAGUGAUUCAAAUCUUCUCAGUAGUUUCUCUCUCCUCUGUCUUUUCUUCUUUAAGGUGGGAGACACACACGACACAGACUCGACCCGCACGGCGGCCCCGCGUUGUAGAGACCGGUCUGCGUAGUUUUCUGUCGUGUUUGCUGAGUUUAGUUAACUGUUAACUUUCCGGUGCGGCUGGUCGCUCCAGUCUGUCUUCAUUCAUUCAGGUCGAAAAGCUGGAUUGUGAUUGUGUGUCUGCAGCUCGUGUUGCUGCUCAGGUGAACUGCUAGUUCAGGCUACUCAUUAGCCACAUUGAGUCCAGGUGGUCACCGAAGUUUUACCUCUCUGAAACACACAACAAAAAGAUGGCUUCUUCAGCGUGGCAAAGUGUCCUCUCUGUGCACCAGAGGAUAGUAGAAAAUGGAGACAAGAGGACGGACGCGUGGCUGUUUGUCUACUCCCCCGUCCCAGUGGCACUCAUCUUCCUGGGGUACCUCUUGGUGGUCUGGGCCGGCCCUCGACUGAUGAAACACAAAGAACCCUUUGACCUCAAAGGCGUCCUCAUUGUUUACAACUUUGCCAUGGUCGGCCUGUCUGCCUACAUGUUCUAUGAGUUCCUGGUCACAUCCUGGCUCUCGAACUACAGCCUCCUCUGUCAGCCUGUAGAUUACAGCACCAGCCCGCUGGCAGUGAGGAUGGCCGGAGCCUGCUGGUGGUUCUUCUUCUCCAAGGUCAUAGAGCUCAGUGACACGCUCUUCUUCAUCCUGAGGAAGAAGAACAACCAGCUGACGGUCCUUCACAUUUUUCACCACGGCCCCUUGAUGUUCAACUGGUGGGCGGGAAUCAAAUUUGUGGCCGGCGGACAAUCUUUCUUCAUCUGCCUGCUCAACACCUUUGUACACUUCGUGAUGUAUUCCUACUACGGCCUGGCUGCGAUCGGUCCUCACAUGCAGAAGUACCUGUGGUGGAAGAGAUACCUCACAUCUCUGCAGCUGGUGCAGCUUCUGAUGUUCCUCGUGCACUCGGGCUACAACCUGUUCACAGAGUGCGACUUCCCCGACUCCAUGAACAUGUUGGUGUUUACUUACUGCGUCACCCUCAUGAUCCUCUUCAGUAACUUCUAUUAUCAGAGCUACCUCAACAAGAAGAAGCAGAAAUAAGACGCACACAAACACACUGAGCUUGAAUGAUUUUUUUCCCCCUGUCUGUAGUACUCACUAGUGUCCAGUAGAGGGCACAACACGGCCACUGUCUGAACAUUUCUCAUGGUGCUCAAGUGUGAGACUUGAACAUUGAAUAUUUUACAGACAUGUACGACCAAUGUGAACCAUUUGCGUUCUCUCUGCGUUUUUUUGUAUUUUAGUGUCACAUACAUGUCAAAAAAAGACGUGAUCAUUCAAUUAUUAUUUAUUUCUUAAAUUGAGAAAUGACAAACAUUCAAAUGAUUGCUGUAAACAAACUGUACAUUUUAUACAUAUAAUAAUAAAGUAGGUUUUUCUGCAGAGAAAUCCAAAAAGCCCCCCCCCCCUUCCCAAAGAAAACACUCAAACAAAAUACAGAAAUGCAAACACUUUUUCCACUGCUAAAACACGGCAAAAUGAUAUAUUCUUUUCUACACUUCAGUCUAAAAUAGAUUGAAAGUUGUAGAUUAGAGGGAGAAAAAAACAUGGAGAGGAGGGAGACAACAUUUCAUUUCUAUUCAGGAGUUUGUAGUGUUUAAAGUUUUCUAUUAAUGCUGAAAAACCUGCAUGUGUACAUGAUGAGUUCUUGACCAAAAAAUGUGUUUGAGUCUAACAAAUGUGGAUCCCUUCAAUGAUGUAAUGUCUUUGAUUUGUGUCUUCGUGGCAUUCCUUCAUUUAAAGUGAGUAAAAAAUUGAAAGAGCAAGAAA